AAACGGGUACUACUAUAUUCUGGUUGCUCAUCAUAGCGGACAAAUAGUUUUGUGUGCGGGAUGGAUGUAAAAAGUAAAUGAUUCAAAAUGGAUUUUUACAAGAAUAGACAUUCGCCCAAGCACAGAUUUCGUCCUAAGCCACAGUGUUUUGUCAUUAAAGCACAGUGUUCACCUGAAAUUAAAGAAGAAGAGAGAUAUGUUUUGGAACUGAAGCCAUUUGCUGUAGCUCCACAUCUUGUAUUUGACAAAGUUGAAAUUGGUACAUCAAAAACUUGCACACUAUAUCUACACAAUCCUGCUGAAUUUAAACAAUUAGUUUGCAUUGAGAAAUUUCCUUUUGAAAAGGGAUUUCAAAUAUGUGAUGUUGAAUUCUUGGUUCCUUCUUUGGAAGAAAUCAGUAUUGAUAUAACUUGGACUCCUGAGAAAUCCAUUUGUUGUCGGGAAACUGUUCUUUUCAAAACUUCUAGUUGUAUAAGGUCUCAAGUUUUCUUCCAUGGAACUUCUCAUACUCCCAAGAAACAGAAAAGGAAAAAAAUCAAGCAGAUCACCCAAAAAAGUCCUAAAAUAAGCAAGGUUUUGCCUAAUGCAGGAUUGCCUGUGACUUUUGAAGAAGACAGAAAAGAAAAUGUGGAUUUUGAUUAUCAAAAGGAUACAGAUUUUACAACUUUAGGCACACCAAAUUUCUGUCACUCUCGUCAGAUGCCUUUGCAGCCCUUAGAUGAAUUGACAGAUUCUCCUAUUCGCAGACAGACAUAUACAAUCAAUUCUAUAUUUAGGGCAAGCUGUGCUGGAUCUGAUAUUGGAAACUUUUGCAUGGCCAUGAAUCAAACAAAAGAUAAAAACAUUUUGCAGGAAAGAUUUAUUAAAUCUGAUCAGAAUCAUGUAUCUAAUGCCCAUGCAGAUUUUCAAAAUAGUUUUAUUGAUCAGCCUUCUCUAUUAGAGUAUCCUCUAAAGGAAAGCAGAGAUAUCACUACUCUGAAAGAAAAGUUGUUGAAAUGUGAUGAAAGCCUUGAAAUUUUCCCACCAGUGAAUGAAAAUCGUAAAACCUUUUUUCUAUCCAGUGCAAAUCAGGAAGUCGUUUGUCAAAAUGGGAAAAAUCAGAAAAGCACACAAAUGGCUAUUGUAAAACCAAAUAUACAAAAAGAUUUAAAUGCCAAACAACUUAUUCAAGCAGAAAAGAAUAAAGAAAUCUUCAAUGACAGUUUAGAAGGACCAACUUCAGAUUUAUGCAACAGAAGCAUUAAUGAAGUGGAAUCAUCUGUUCCUAAUCUGGAACCACACCAAGAUGAAAUGCAUAUAAAGAAAAAUGAGCCACAAUUUUUUGCAAAGCAUUCUAAUUUUAAUGCAUCAAACAGUUUGCAAGAGCAGAAAAUUAAUUAUUUAAGAAAUUCAAGAGAUUCAACAUUUACUAAAAAGUCUCUUUCAUCUGUUGCAUUUGAAGUGCCAAAUGCAGAUUCCCCAAAAUUAUCUGAAACUACAUUUAACUUGCCUCAUCUUUAUUCUUCAAAACAAAAUAGAGUGACAAAGCCCAAGAGUUAUCUAAAUAUACCGAAGAAACAAAUAAGGAACUUAAACUUAUCUAAAACUACUGUUGGAACUCCAAAAAAUGUCAAAGGUGAAAGCUUUUCCAGUCUUUAUAUGAGUGAUUGCAAGUCUUCAAUGUCUUCACAUCCUCGUUUGAAUCAAAUUAAGAAUAAAACCAUGGAAAAAGUGACUCAUUGGAAUCCUUAUGCUAGUUUCAAUGCUUAUUAUGAUGAGUACUGGAAGGAAAAACAAGAAGCUGCUUUCACAAAUUGGUUGAAUUUUAUUUUAACACCCAUUGAUGAUCUUGAAACAGAUGAUGUAAAAGUGAAUUCGGCAGCAAUUUGGGUUGAAAGUAUGAAGGAUGCUGCUCCUUUAAGAGCACCGUCCAAAGAAGAGCUCUCAUUUAAAACUUAUACAGCUAUUAAACAGCUUAACCAGCUGCGGAAAGCUGCUUGCAAUUUAUAUCAAUCAGAGGAGUUAAGUACAGUUAUUAAGAAAAUAGAACAGGCAGUAGACUCAAAGAAAAUUCUUAUCCGCAAAGAUCGUGCUUUACAUGCAGAUCUUGGUAUAAAGAAAGAUCUCUUGGAAAUGCUCUUAUCCUAUAAUCCCUUGUGGCUUCGAAUUGGCCUUGAGACCAUAUAUGGGGAGAUGAUAUGUCUUCAGAGUAAUAGUGAUAUUCUUGGUCUAUCCCGCUUUAUCAUUAAAAAAUUCUUGUCCAAUCCUGACAUCAAUGCUAAAUUUGCUUAUUCUUCAGUUAUUAACUAUUAUAAACCAGGAUAUGAGGAUUGUUUGAAACGUUUUAUUCUGAAGAAAUUUUUAUUACUUGUCUACUUCUUGGAUGUUGCCAAAAGAAUUCGCUUGAUUAAUCAUAAUCCAUGUUUGUUCUGUAAGCAUGCAAAAUAUAAGAAUAGUCGAAGCUUGCUGUUGACCUUUUCUAGAGAAUAUCUGAGUGGAGAAGGAGAUCUCACAAAACAUCUUCGAUAUUUAGGUUGUGUUGUGCAACAUGAACAGGUGCCUCUAGAAGAAUUUGAUUAUGCAGUGCGAAAUAUAGCUGUGGAUCUCCGAUGUGGAUUGAGACUAGGGCGAGUUGUUGAAAUUCUUUUGCAAGAUUGGUCAAUUUUCAAAUCAUUGAGAGCUAACACUCUAAAUAGAUUGGCAAAAAUACAUAACAAUGAAGUCAUAUUUAAAGCUUUGGAAAAGGCAUCUAUUCAGAUUGAAGAUAAUAUCGAUCCUCGAGAUAUUGUAGAUGGCAAUCGUGAGAAAACUUUGAGCUUACUGUGGCAAAUUAUAUUCAAAACACAGAUAUCAAAAUGUCUCAAUCUGGAAGUGCUGAAGAAAGAAAACUCUUAUUUGAAACGCAGCUUACAAUUAAAAGCAGAUGUUGCUACAUUUAAUGCUUUACAGAACCUUGAUGAGACUGGAAGUUUUGAGGUGGAAUUCUUAAAUUCCAAACUUUAUAAAGAAAAUGAAGUGAUCCAGCAGUUAUUUCAAUGGUGUCAGAAUGUGUGUGCUCAUUAUGGAGUAAAGGUGUUGAACUUCACUACUUCGUUUUCAGAUGGCAGAGCUCUCUGUUUCAUUAUACAUCAUUACCAUCCCAACCUUCUUCCUCAAAAUAAGAUUCACAAAGAGACCACCUGCCAUUACUUUGAGAAACAGAUGGAAGCUGAAGAGGAAGGAGACUGUCCUUUUAGAUAUGGUAACAUGACACAUGAGCUGAAAAAUAAAUUAAUGAAAAAUGAAAAAGAGAACGUGGAUAUUGCUUUCCAAAAGUUUCAGGAAAUUGGUCAAAUUCCUAUACUUUCUUUUCCAUCUCAUGUAAGAAAUAAAAUUCCAGAUGAGAAAGUAGUUAUCACUUUGAUGUCUUAUGUGAAUAUGAGGCUCAUGGAGCUAAGCGUGGAAAUUCGAGCAGCACGAACAAUCUUAUUGGCUUAUCGCAAAUGGUGCUUAAGAAGAAAACAAGCAAAACUAAUGAUUCAGAUAGCUGCAAUUAUCAAAAUUCAAAGGUUCUUGCGCAGUUAUAUCAUGCGUAAACGAAAAGAAAAGGAAGAAGCUGCAGCUGUUUGCAUCCAACGUUGUUGGAGGAUGUUUUCUGCCAAGAAGGAGCUUGAAUGCCUCAGACAGGCAAAACACAUGAAAUACCUCAAUGAGAAGGCUUCUGUUAUUCAGGCUGCAUAUAGAAAAUUUAGAGCUGCAAGAUAUCAACAGAAGCAUAUAUAUGCAUCUAUUGUGCUACAAAGUCAUAUUCGGAAAUGGCUUGAAAGAAAGAAAUAUGUUAUGGUUCGUUCAUCUGCUAUUAAGAUACAACAAUGGUGGAGGGCAAGACUUGUUGGGAAAGAAGUUCGCUUAUCCUUUUUAGUUAAAAAGCAAUUGAUAACACUUCUGCAGUCUCAUGUGCGAAGACUGAUUGCCCAAAAGGAUUUUAAGAUAAAAAGAGAAUCUGCUAUUCUGAUACAAAGAAAUAUGAGAAAGGUGAUAGCACAAAGAAGGUUUUCAGCCAUGAAGUUGAGUGUUCUAUGCAUUGAAAAUUGGUGGUCUAAUAUUUUGUUGAGUCGUAAAAUUCGACAUGAGUACUUAAUCUGUCAAAAAGCAGCUAUAAGAAUACAAACUACUUGGAGGAUGUAUUUACAAAAGAAGCAUUUCAAAGAUUUAAAGAAGGCUGUUUCUAUUGUUAUUUGGUAUAGAUCUUGCAAGAAACAGCGAAUAAUGUAUUUAAAAACACGAGAAAAUAUAAUAAAACUUCAGGCACUUUUCAGGAGAUAUAGGGAUAGGAAAGAAUAUUGUAAAAAGAAGGGUGCUGCAAUUAAAAUUCAGAGUGUAUUCAGAGGAUACUAUAUGAGAAAAAGAUUUUUAAAAAUGAAAUCAGCAGUCAUACUAAUUCAAAAAUAUUAUCGUGGUUAUCAAUUGGUGUGUCAUUAUAAGCAUCAAUUCACAAUCAUGAAAAGUGGUUUCAUCAGAUUGCAAGCUCAGUUCCGUGGAUUUAAAGCCAGAAAAGAGCUUCAUAAACAAAUAAAAGCUGCUGUAAUAAUUCAAAGCAUAUUUAGAAGUUAUUCUGCUAGAAAGAAAUUCUUAUCUCUGAAAUCUGAUGUUAUAAAGAUUCAAAAAUUUUACCGUGGUUAUCGGUUAAUGACCUUAGAAAAAAAGAAUUUUCUUGCUUUGAAGGAAGGCUUUAUAACAUUGCAGGCUUUCUUCCGAGGAUACAAAGCUAGAAAAGAAUUUUUGAGCCAAAAGAAGGCUGCCAUUUGUAUUCAAAGUACGUUCAGAGGUUACCAUUCUAGAAAAACAUUCUUAGCCUUAAAAUCAUCUGCCAUCAAAAUUCAAAAAUAUUAUAGGGGUUAUCUUCUGAUGCGCCAAGAAAGGCAUAACUUUCUUAUUCAAAAAAUUGGUUUUGAAAAAUUGCAAGCGCAUUUUCGUGGAUAUCGAGUUAGAAAGGAAUUUUGCAUCCAAAAGAGAGCUGCCAUCACAAUUCAAAGUGCAUUUAGAAGUUAUAUAUGCCAAAAGAGGUUUUUAGUUUUAAGAUCAAAUGUUAUCAAAAUUCAAAAGUAUUAUCGUGGCUAUAAAUUAAUGUGCAUGGAGAAGAAAAAAUAUUUUACUCAAAAGGCUGGUUUCGCAAAACUUCAGGCACAGUUUCGAGCUUACAAAACAAGAAAGCAAUUUAUUAAGCAAAAAACAGCUGCUGUUGUGAUUCAAAGUGCGUUUAGAUGUUAUAUAUCCAAAAAGAAAUAUUUAAUUUUGAAGUCCUCAGUUACAAAAAUUCAACAAUAUUAUCGAGGUUAUCGCCUCAUGUGCACUGAAAAGCAAAAAUAUGCAAUUCAGAAAACAGGUUUCACAAAACUUCAGGCACAGUUUCGAGCUUACAAAACAAGAAAGCAAUUUAUUAAGCAAAAAACAGCUGCUGUUGUGAUUCAAAGUGCGUUUAGAUGUUAUAUAUCCAAAAAGAAAUAUUUAAUUUUGAAGUCCUCAGUUACAAAAAUUCAACAAUAUUACCAAGGUUAUCGCCUCAUGUGCACUGAAAAGCAAAAAUAUGCAAUUCAGAAAACAGGUUUCACUAAACUUCAGGCACAGUUUCGAGCUUACAAAACAAGAAAGCAAUUUAUUAAGCAAAAAACAGCUGCUGUUGUGAUUCAAAGUGCGUUUAGAUGUUAUAUAUCCAAAAAGAAAUAUUUAAUUUUGAAGUCCUCGGUUACAAAAAUUCAACAAUAUUACCAAGGUUAUCGCCUCAUGUGCACUGAAAAGCAAAAAUAUGCAAUUCAGAAAACAGGUUUCACUAAACUUCAGGCACAGUUUCGAGCUUACAAAACAAGAAAGCAAUUUAUUAAGCAAAAAACAGCUGCUGUUGUGAUUCAAAGUGCGUUUAGAUGUUAUAUAUCCAAAAAGAAAUAUUUAAUUUUGAAGUCCUCGGUUACAAAAAUUCAACAAUAUUACCAAGGUUAUCGCCUCAUGUGCACUGAAAAGCAAAAAUAUGCAAUUCAGAAAACAGGUUUCAUAAAACUUCAGGCACAGUUUCGCGCAUACAAAGCAAGAAAAGAAUUCUUCCGGAAAAAGAGAGCAGCUAUUAAAAUUCAGAGUAUGAUCCGAAGUUAUAUCAUAAGAAAAAAAUAUUUAAGUAUAAAAUUGGCAGUAAUGAAAAUUCAAAGGUAUUAUCGAGGUUAUAUACUUAUGUGCUUAGAGAAUGAAAAAUACAUUAUUCAGAAAACUGGCUUCGCAAAACUGCAAGCUCUCUACCGAUCACACAAAGCAAGAAAACAAUUUAUCAAAUUAAGAAUAUCUGCUGUUAUGAUCCAAAGUGCAUUUAAAGGGUAUUCAACCAGGAAAAAAUAUUUCACUUUGAAAUCAUCUGCUUUAAAAAUUCAGAGAUAUUAUCGCGGAUAUCGUCUUAUGUGUUUUGAAAAACAGAAGUUUUUAGUCCAGAAAAUUGGCUUUACUAAACUGCAAGCACAGUUCCGUGCAUAUAAAGGAAGAAAAGAAUUUUGUUUGCAAAAGUCAGCUGCCAUUAAAAUUCAGAGUUCAUUUAGAUGCUACAUUAUGAGGAAAAAGUAUUUAUCAUUAAAAUCAGCAGUUGUAAAAAUACAGAAAUAUUACCAUGGAUAUCAACUUAUGUGUUCUGAAAAGAAAAAAUAUUUGGUGAUGAAAACUGGUUUUAUAAAACUUCAAGCUGUCUGGCGAGGCAUAAUGGUCAGGAACAAUACAAAGAAUCUUCAUAAGAGUGCUGUUAUUAUCCAGUCUCACUACAGAAGAUUUAUUGCAAUGAAACAUUAUAGGGAUCUAAAACAAAAGUGCAUUAUUAUUCAGAGAAAGUAUCGUGGUUGGCAGUUAAUGAAAAAAAAUACUGCUGAAUAUCAUAAAAUCAGACAAAGUAUUAUACUUAUUCAAGCUGCUUUCAGAUGUCAUUUGUUGCGCAAAAGGUUUUUGACUGGGAAAACAGCUGCAAUUAAAUUACAAUCUUUUGUUCGUAUGCUGAAAUGUCGAAAAGAAUACCUUUGUGCUCGUAGCAAAAUAAUUUUUAUUCAGCAAUUGUAUCAUUUUAAAUAUUUGAUGAAAAUUAAGAAGAGGAGCUGCAUUCAAAUACAAGCAUACUGGCGAGGCUACAGAGUUCGCAGAGAUAUGAAAAAGAUGUCUGCUGCUACUGUGUUAAUUCAAAGAUGGUGGAGAAAACGGAAACUAUGCAUGGAUUCGGCUAAUCACCGACAAUGGUACCUAAGAUUGAAGGUGAACACCAUAAAGUUUCAAAGAAACGCCAGAGAUUAUCUCCAAAGAAGAACAAAAGCUGCAAUUAAGAUUCAAACUUCCUGGCGUGCUUAUGCAGUAAGACGUUCUGUGACAGACAAGAAAAUUAUCCGUGCAAGACAGAACAUCAAAGCAGCUCCUGCAGAGGAAUAUAAUACUCUUGGAUGCAAAACACAAAGAGCUUUGAAAGUGCUUCUGACAGAUCAGAAUAUAAGAAACAUUCUUACUGCUUUGCAAACUUUAAAGGUGUGCACACAGUUGUCUGCUGUUUGCUGUGAGCGUCUUCAACAAUCUGGAGGCUUAGCAGUUAUCAUACACUUGCUUCGCUCGUGCAAUCGAAGUGUUCCUCAUCAAGAAAUCAUAAAAUUUUCAACUGAUAUUUUAUUGAAUCUUUGCAAGUACAAGAAAACAGUAGAUUCUGUUUGGAGUGAGAAAGGCUCCUUGAUUAUUAUACUUGAUCUGAUGAAUAUUUAUCGAGAAAAAGGCUUGCCCAUCUUUACAAAGUGUACAACUCUUUUUUGGAUAUUUUGCCAAGACCCAGAAAAAGCUGAAAUGCUGAAGAAGAAUUCAGAAUUUAUUGAUCAAGUUAAAAGAUUCUACAAUUUGCUAUUGAAAAGGAAACUGAUUGAAGAAAAAAAAAAGGCUACAGCAGCAAGCUGUUCUCUGAGGUUGAAAAAAUUCUCCACUGUUGAUACUAGGGACAGCAUUGAACCUGAUUGGAUAUUGGGGCGAAGGAAAAUGAGGGAAUUUAAAGAUUCUUUCACUGCAAUAUCAGCUCUCAUGCAGUCUCUUGGAUUAACAACUUAAUCAUCAGAAGUUUACCAAUUUUUAUUUUUUUAUUGUAUAUGUAGACAAUUUGACUUUUAUUGUAUUUGUAGAAAUUUAAAUUUUUACACUGAUUUUCCUUUUUUACUUUUCCCGCUUUAAUCAUUUAUCGAACUUGAAAGAUCAUGAUUCUUCAUUUUUUUAAUGCAAUUUAAUGUUCAUGCAUGUAUAUUUAUAUGAGAGAUAUUUUUAUAUUUAAUUUUGAUUAUGUAUAUUCCAAUUUUAG